CGCCGCGCGCCGCCCCCGCUCCUGCGUCUCCUUCCGCGCGCGUCCGAGGCGGCGUUCCCCACCGGCCCGGCCAUGGCCACCCUAAGCCGGAACCCGCAGUUCCAGAAGCUGCAGCAGUGGCACCGCGAGCACGGCUCCGAGCUCAACCUGCGCCGCCUCUUCGACGCGGACAAGGAGCGCUUCAGCCGCUUCAGCUUGACCCUCAAUACCAACCACGGGCAGAUUCUGGUGGAUUACUCCAAGAACUUGGUGACGGAAGAUGUGAUGCAGAUGCUGGUGGAGCUGGCCAAGUCCAGGGAUGUGGAGGCUGCCCGGGAGCGCAUGUUCAGUGGUGAGAAGAUCAACUUCACCGAGAACCGGGCGGUGUUGCACACUGCCCUGCGGAACCGGUCAAACAAGCCCAUUCUGGUGGAUGGCAAGGAUGUGAUGCCGGAGGUCAACAGGGUUCUGGAAAAGAUGAAGUCUUUCUGCCAGCGUGUCCAAAGUGGAGACUGGAAAGGGUACACUGGCAAGAGCAUCACAGACGUCAUCAACAUCGGCAUCGGUGGCUCUGACCUGGGACCCCUCAUGGUGACUGAAGCCCUUAAGCCGUACUCUGCAGGACGCCCCCGGGUCUGGUUUGUCUCCAACAUUGAUGGAACCCACAUUUCCAAAACCCUGGCCUCCCUGAACCCUGAGACUUCCCUGUUCAUCAUCGCCUCCAAGACCUUCACCACCCAGGAGACCAUCACGAAUGCAGAGACAGCCAAGGAGUGGUUCCUCAUGUCAGCCAAGGAUCCUUCUGCGGUGGCCAAGCACUUUGUUGCCCUGUCGACCAACACGGUUAAAGUGAAGGAGUUUGGAAUUGAUCCUCAAAACAUGUUUGAGUUCUGGGAUUGGGUUGGAGGACGGUACUCGCUGUGGUCAGCCAUUGGACUCUCCAUUGCCCUGCACGUGGGUUUUGACAACUUCGAGCAGCUGCUCUCGGGGGCUCACUGGAUGGACCAGCACUUCCGCACGGCACCCUUGGAGAAGAACGUCCCUGUCAUCCUGGCUCUGCUGGGUGUCUGGUACAUCAAUUUCUUUGGGUGUGAGACGCAGGCCAUGCUGCCUUAUGACCAGUACUUACAUCGCUUUGCUGCCUACUUCCAGCAGGGUGACAUGGAGUCCAACGGGAAGUACAUCACCAAGUCUGGCACCCGUGUGGACCACCAGACAGGCCCCAUUGUGUGGGGGGAGCCAGGGACCAAUGGCCAGCAUGCCUUCUACCAGCUCAUCCACCAAGGCACCAGGAUCAUCCCCUGUGACUUUCUCAUCCCGGUCCAGACCCAGCACCCAAUACGGAAGGGCUUGCAUCACAAGAUCCUCCUGGCCAACUUCUUGGCCCAGACUGAGGCCCUGAUGAAGGGGAAAACGACUGAUGAGGCCAGGAAGGAGCUCCAGGCUGCGGGAAAGAGUGCAGAGGACUUUGAAAAGCUGUUGCCGCACAAGGUCUUUGAAGGAAAUCGCCCAAGCAACUCCAUUGUGUUCACCAAGCUCACACCUUUCAUUCUUGGAACCUUGAUUGCCAUGUACGAGCACAAGAUCUUCGUUCAGGGUAUCGUCUGGGACAUCAACAGCUUUGACCAGUGGGGAGUGGAGCUGGGGAAGCAGCUGGCUAAGAAAAUCGAGCCUGAGCUUGACAGCAGCAGCCCGGUGACCUCUCAUGAUUCUUCCACCAAUGGGCUGAUCAACUUCAUCAAGCAGCAGCAAGUGUGAGGCCCGAAGUCAAUAAACUCAUGCUCAGCGGCAGCCCCUGUUGUGACUGGUCCUUCUUGUCCCUCCUCACCGGUCUGCACUGCAUGGUCCUGCCCCACCCUGCACAGAGCGCCCUUGGGUUGUGGGCUUGGACCACAAGCCUCUUGGAGGGGAGCUGGUCUCGCCACGCUUCCCCUUUCCAUGCCCUCUUCCCACCCCUGUUUUGCAAUUGACUGAAGUGCUUCAUUGCAGCUAAUUUGUCCCACCCAUUAUUCUCAUUGUUCCUCUCCUAGGUAGAGAAAUAAAGAUGCCACAGAGGA